AUGGGUGAUUUUAAACACAAGCUAAAACGCGGUCUGCGUAGGUGGGACAGUUCGGACCCCGAGCGUGCGCCUCCGCCGCUACCAAUGAACCCACGUUCGAUGAGUCCGUCGAUGAGCCCUACGACGAGGUCUCAUGUUUCGCCCAACAUCCAAGCAGUUGCUGCAAAAUUUACGGAGAAGUCGAGCGACAAUGCGCCGAGCUCAUACACAACAAACCCUAUGCCACCCAAGUCGUGCUCUCCGGAGAGGUCGUUAAUAAAAGGUCAACAUCACAAGCGCAUGCAGUCUUUGCAACCAGACGAUACCCGACAAGACGCGCGCAGUGAGUUCAUGACCUAUCUGGAAAGCCGAUCCCCAGAGCGACCUCUUCGUGCGACAAUUGUCGAGAGUACGAAGCAGCGUGAUCCCAACAAAUCAGCCAGUUCGCCGUCACUUCGCCAGGAUGCAGAAAAGGACGUAACAUACUCGCUGUCAAGCCGGUACCUAUCCAAGCCAAUCCUCGGAGAGAGCACUCCACCAUCUGCUACCAUGUUAGCGUUACAAAACAUGCAACUCCCCAUGGAACCCGACCCUCCAUCACCCUCAAAACCUCCCAAGAUGAUCACCGCGCCGUUCGAACCUCGGCCACAACCCGCCCAGAACACAAGCAUGGACUCUCUCGCCAACCAAAUUCACAGCCUGACCGACAUUGCGAGUAGCCUGCAACGUGAGAUGAUGAAUUUGAGCCGACGCAGCAAAGAUAAUGCCACCGAUUUGGUCAGCCUCAAGGCGGCUACGAACGCUCGUGAUGAGGACAUCCGAAAAAGUCUCAAAGAGUUGUCUUCCCACCUCACAACCAAAUAUCUGGAUACCGAAACCUCAAGGUUUGAUUUCAGUAAUCUUUUCAAGGGUGGUGAUGGGCCUAACCCCAAGGAUCCGGAUAGUCCCGUUUCGAAGAGAAGUUACUCGGUACCCCGUAUGCCUAGCCCUAAUCCGUUCGCCUUUGAUCGCGACUCAUGCACCUCACCCGCACCGAUUUCGGACGGCUCCGCGGCUCUUGCCUUACUCGAAAAGGUUUUGCGUGAGAUGGCAACGAAGGAAGGUGAAGAGAGGCUCUUGGAGCUCGUUGAAGAGCUCAAGUCGCGACCCGCCGCUACCGCUUCCGACAAAGAGGCCGACACAAAGGUGACUGCCAUGCUCGAAGAGAUUCUCAACCUCGUGAAGGAGGACCCCUCUAGCAAAGCCCUUGUUCGGUCAUACGGUAUGGCAAACAAUCUCAACGAACGCGAUGACGAGACUGCCGAUUUCUCACGAUCACGUUCGAUGGGAUCAGUCGAUCCUGAAGUUGUACGUGCACUUGAUCUUUCUAAGUCUGACAAGGGGGAUACAAUUAGCGCAAAUUCCGAAGAAGUCUUAGCAGUCCUCACAAGCGUCAAGAACAGCGUCGCGGAAUCCGGUGGGAUGACGAAUGGGGUUAAGAACCUAGUCCGCGAAUUGCGAGGUGAGGUGCUGGGCAUGGGCCGCGAACUUGGCCGCAGACUCGACGACAUUGAGACAACUCGCGCCAGUGACGAGCCAGAUGACAAGCCACGAGCCGCUGGCCCCGAAGAAAUAUCUGCGAUCGUGAACCGCAGUCUUGAUGAUCUCAAAGAGCAGCUGGCUGCCACAAUUAAUGAAAGUCGACAACAAUCAUCCGACCUGUCUGAGUUCCGAUCCAACAUGAACAGCGCCGCCAUUUAUUCCGUCGUGAAGAAGGCCCUCGAUGAGCUUGAACUGCCACAACCGCAAUCUGAGCCACGCGGGGCUGAGAUGGACCGAGAAGACAUCCUCGAAACCGUCCGCGAAGCGUGGGAAACAUAUAAGCCUGAGAUUGAGUUCAACAACUUCGGCUUGGAGCGUGAUGAAAUCCUUGCUUGCCUUCAAGAAGGACUGAAGUCUUACCAGCCGCAGCAUGAAGAGGCAGUCACAUACGAUCAGGUCCUCGCGGCCGUCGAGGACGGCAUGCAGAAAUUCAAUCCUCCAACGAUUGAGGCUCCCCCCGGCAUCAGUCGCGACGAAAUCAUAUUGGUCAUUCGUGAAUGUCUGGACAAGCAGGCAGAACCUGCUCCACGAACUCUCGACGAGGAACAUAUCGGCCACUUGAACUCUAUGCGCGAAGAGAUCCUUGAAGCAGUCGCUAAAUCCAUGGCUACCCAACAGGAAGGCUCAAAAGUGAUGGACGAGGAGCACAUCAACCACAUAUACGGUGUUCGCGAUGAGAUUCUCGAUGCACUCAAUGGUACCAUGGCCGCCACCAAGUCUGUAGACGAGGAGCAUGCCACUCACUUACACUCUGUCCGUGAUGAGAUCAUCGAAGCCGUUACUGCAGCGAUGGCUACUCAUGCCGCCAGUACCAAAUCUGCAGACGAGGAUGAGACAGCCAGUCACCUAACUUCCCUCCGAGAUGAAAUACUCCAAGCCGUUGCUGGUGCGAUGGCUACCAAUGACACAGGCUCCAAGGAAUUGAGUGAUGAGCAUGUCAAUCACCUUUACUCGGUCCGAGAUGAGAUAAUGGAAGCCGUAACUGGAACUAUGGCGGCCCACAACACCUCCCGAUCUCUGGAUGAAGACCACCUUACCCACCUAAAUUCCAUCCGCGAUGAGAUCCUUGGUGCAGUGGCCGGUUCAGUGGCUCAGAGCACACUCAGCAACGAUUCUGGACUCGGACGUGAUGAGAUCGUCAGCGCCGUCUCUGAUAGCCUGGAAGCCCAUUUCACCACAGCCAAGGAAAUGGACGAGCCGCGCAUCUCUCGCCAUGAUGUUGUUCAUGCUGUGAACGAAGCCUUCGAUGCCCAGCAAUCCGCCCUCAGCGCCACUGUUGGACAACCAAGCGUCUCGCGGGACGAGAUCUUGAAUACUAUCGCCGAGGGAAUUGAAACUUCAAUGAACACCCACAAUUCCGCUCUGAUUACCAAUGCUCCGCAACCUGUGUCUCGCGAGGAGAUACUUGGCGCCAUUGUGGAUGGUAUUGAGCAAUCGCGUUCUUCCACCAGCACCAACGAUGAACCCUCUCUCUCCCGGGACGAUGUUCUGGGUGCCAUUCUGGAGGGUCUCGAACAAUCAUCAUCCCGCCAAGACCCAAGUAUUUCCCGGGAAGAGAUUUUGAGCGCCAUUGCCGACGGCAUUGAAAGCUCACAGAGCAACUCCCAGUCUCUCGCUCUUACUGAGCAUGAGCACGAAGAUGAAAAACCCUCUAUCUCCCGGGAAGAUAUUCUCAGUGCAAUUGUUGAUGGUAUCGAGCACUCUCGUGCCUCCUUGGGGGAAGAUACCCAAACAAAAAUCUCAAAAGAGGAGAUCAUGAGCGCCAUUGCUGAAGGCAUUGAAGCUUCGCAGAAAAGUCAACAAUCAGCAUUAAGUACCAGCGUGCAAGAACCAACCAUCUCUCGCGAAGAGAUUCUGAGUGCUAUCUCGGAGGGUAUCCAGAAUGGGAAUUCAGUCACACGAGAGAUUGAACUCAACCAGGAAGAUUUGAUGGAAGCAAUCACCAACGGUUUGAGUGAAGCUAUGGGUUCUACAAACACCCAGGUUGGCGGGGAAGUGACCGAACGCCUUCAAACUCUGGUCGACGACAUGAAGGAGGAGUUCAAACAGUACUCUUCGGCCAAUGGUCGCGACACCGAGCAAGUCCUCGACGCAGUGAAAGAUGGCAUCGAUGUCGUUCGCAAGGAGAUUGAGACCUAUGUUGCCACGGCCGCUGAUAUUUCAGGCAAGGACGAAGUGAUUGACACCGUUAAAGAAGGAUUCCGCCUUCUCCACGCCGACAUGGAGAAGACUAUCACCGAUAGUGCUCUAUCCAACGGUCCUCGGGGCGCCCCGGAUACCCCCGAGCUCCUGGAUGCUAUGGAAAAGGAGUUUGAGCACCUGCGCGGAACAAUUACCACGCUUCUGCUGCGAGACAACGCCCCUGGAGAUAAAGAGGAGAUCUUGGAUGCCAUUCGCGAAGCAUCCGAGCAGACCAAGGACUCCUCCGGAAAUGCAGAAGUCAUCAGUUCCAUCAAGCAGGAGUUUGAGAGCCUGCGAGAGCGCAUGGACAUGAGUGUCGUACGAUCUGAGCCUGGCACUGAGAAGGACGAGAUCAUGUCCGCACUCCGUGAGCAUUUCGAUAAUCUUCGUGAAGCAUCCGCCGACAAAGACGGCAACGACAGUACGCUUUCCACGACAUGCGAAGUGUUCACCAGUGGCGUGGACUCAAUCCGCGAAGAUUUAAAGAAGCUUCUGGAGAAACCGACUGAGUUUGACAGCACUGAGAUUCUCGAGACCAUCAAGGAUGGUCUUGCAGACUUGAAGCUUGAAAUGGAAAGUCUUCGUCAAUCUAGCAAGGAGCUCGACGAGGCUGGCUCUACUCGCGGUGGUGAACUCAUGCUCGCGAAUGAGGUACCUGGGACCGACGACACCACUGAGACACCUAGCAUUGUGCCUGACAUUGAUGGUCUCAAAGCCCUAAUCACCCAGCUUCACGACAAAGUCGAGGUUAUUGAGUCUGCGCCUCGGUCAGUUGAGCCUGCUGAGGAUGCCUUGAAGCGCUCUCACCUCGAUGAAGUCCUCACUGCUCUUCAGAAUGUCCACGAGAAGGUUGAAAUCAUCGAAUCUGCCCCACGCUCGGUAGAGCCCGAUGAAGAUGUGUUGAAGCGCUCUCACCUUGAUGAAAUUCUUGCCGCUCUUCAAAAGGUCCACGAGAAAGUUGAGGUCAUUGAGUCUACCCCCCGCUCGAUAGAGCCCGAUGAAGAUAGCCUAAAACGCUCCCACCUCGAUGAAGUUCUCGCUGCUCUCCAAAAUGUCCACGAAAAGGUCGAGAUUAUUGAGUCUACCCCCCGUUCGACAGAGCCCGAUGAAGAUGCCCUGAAGCGCUCUCAUCUGGAUGAGGUUCUUCUUGCUAUCCACGAACUCCAGCUCGCAAUGGGUGAAAUCAGCGCUCAAAAGUCCGCUGAGAACGACGAAAUUGCGAAGAAGCAGGAUACCGAAGCGCUCGAGCAGCUGAUUUUGAGCACAAAGGCCCAGAUCGAAGAACUUGUCUUCCCCUCGCCAGACAAUGUUGCCACUCCUGACCAUAUUGGAACACUCGAAUCAUUGGUUCGAGAGGCCAAGGACUCAAUCACAGAGUUUUCUAGUCGCAUGGAAGCCGAAUCCCCGACAAAGGCCGAGAUUGGAACACUCGAAGGCCUCAUUAAGGAUGUCUGGGUCGUACUGGAGGAACUGAAGACCAAGGCGAACGAAGGCGAGAAAGAAGAUCCCGCCGAGAAAAUUCUCAAGUCCGAUCUCCAAACAGUGGAAGCCAUGAUCUUCGAGGUCAAGACCCAAGUUGAUGAGCUCAAGCUUCCUGAUGUCGACACCCUGCCGACUAAAACCGACAUUGGGGAUCUGUCCGGAAUGAUCAACGAAUUCCGAGAGAAGAUGGAAGCCAACAACGAACUGACCGCUCAAGGGUUUGAUGCUCGCAAGGUCGAGCAUGGCGGUCUAGCCGAAAAGAUCGAUGAAGCCAAAUUCGUUGUUGGCGAGCUGGGUGAUGAACUUAAGAGCAAGCUUGACGGUAGCACUGAAGGCUUGGCUGAGCUCAAACAACUGCUUGAAGGCCUGGCUAUCACAGCCGAGAAUUUCUCUACUGUCGACAACAUCCAGGAGGUCACCGAUCUCAUCAAUCGGGAGUUUGAACGUUCUCGGGGCGAAGAAGAUGCAGGUAAAAUCGAGAAGGAGGAGCGAGACGCCGCUGUUAUGGUGAAGCACGACGAAACUCGGGCGGCCAUCAUUGUGGAGCUUGGAAUCAAGAUUGAUGAAAAGAUUUCCGAGGUCCUAGCCAAGUACGAAGAUGCGCACACUGCCCUUCACACCAAGCUCUCUGAAUCUGAGGAGCGAGAUGUGGCACACACCGAGUCCCUGACGAGCACAAAGAGUCUCGCUGAAGAUAUCAGACUUGUCAUUGGAUCCAUGGGUGACAGUGUCAAUGAGACCUGCGAGCGCCUGAGUGUAGACACGAAAGCCCUCAUGGAACAGGUCGAUCAAUCCCGUCAACAAAUGGAGGAGAUGCACAACGAGGUCAAGUCGCACAAGGAGCAAUCUCAGGCCGAAACUGACAGAGCCGUCGCUGCCACCGAUCGAGUAGAAAGCAAACUCCUGGAGUUCCACCCUCAAAUCUUGGAAUCUGUGCAAGAAAUUCUCAGCAUCGUCAACCAGCACUAUGACCACUCUCAGAAGUCAGCCGAGGACUUCAAAUCUGAGCUUUCCGCAUUGCCUGCAAACAUUCCUGCGAUGCUUCCUGCCCUCCCCCCUCCGGAGCCAGAGCCAGAACAAUCGCGCACUCUGGCCAUUGAGGACACACCUCUUCACACCAAGCUUGAUGAUAUUCUCGAGCACGCUCGUAACGGCCAGGUCCAUGAGAUCUUGAACACUCUUCUUGAUCACUCUAAGGAUACUCAUGUCCAUGACACAUUGAAUACUCUGGUUGAGAACUCAAAGAACGACCAGAUCCACGAGAUCUUGAACACUCUUCUUGACCACUCUAAGGAUACUCAUGUUCAUGACACCUUGAAUACUCUGGCUGAGAACUCCAAGAACGACCAGAUUCAUGAAACCCUGAAUACUUUACUUGAGAGUUCCAAGAACGACCAGAUCCACGAGACUCUGAAUACUCUAUUAGAGAAUUCGAAGAAUGAUCAGGUUCAUGAGAAGCUCGAUCGAGCUCUUGAGCAAGGGUCGGGAUCGAAUGCCCAAAUCCAGGAAACCUUGAACACCCUGUUGGAGAAUCUCAAGAGCGAUCAGAUUCAUGAGAUCCUGAACACCCUCCUUGAUCACUCCAAAGAUACCCAUGUUCAUGACACAUUGAACACUCUACUUGAGAGUUCGAAGAAUGAACAGGUACAUGAAACCUUGGGGGCUUUGCUGGAGAGCUCGAAGAACGACCAGCUUCACGAAAAGCUUGAUCGGGCUCUUGAACAAGGGUCGGGAUCGAAUGACCAGAUUUACGAGAAGCUCAAUGAGUUGCUCGACCAUGCUACAAGCGGCACUGGUCCUAUUCACGAGAAAUUGGACGCCCUGCUCAGUCGCCCCGAAAAUCCGCCCGGGUCCGAUAGUUCUUCAGUCCAGAUGACGAAGUUGGACGAGAUGCACAAGGACAUCAUGGAGAACUCUCGUAAAAUGAAUGAGAUGUUUGCUGCACAGUCAGUGCUGGUUGCAGAAGACACAGAACGCAAGCGUCGUGAAGCCGAGGAAGCUGCGGUUGCUUUGGAACGCAGAGUUGCCCAACGUGAGCAAGUUGAAGCCGAGCUUGUUGGCCUGCACGAAGAGAAGGAUUCCAUGUUGAACAUGAUCCAUCGCCUCAGUGCUGAGAAGGAGGAGAUGAUCAGACAAAACAACAGGCUCACUAAGGACCUAUCUGGUCUGGAAACCGCCCUUGAAAUCCGUCACGAGGAGAUGCGCCAGAUGGAGGACCGUGCCGAUGGCCUCGAGAAACGCAUUCUUGAAGGCGUGCUAGACCACGCACGGACUGUUCUUCUAAGCCGUUCCAACAGCUUGCAGGCUAUGAACCUCAAGCGAAAUCGCAGCACUCGGAGCACCCGUAGCUCACGCGCGGGUGCCCGCAGCCCCAGCUCGGCCAGCUCAGUCAGUACUGCCAAAGAGUCCAAAGAUAACCGCAGCCUUGUUGGCAGUGGUGUCGGAAUGGCAUUGAAGCGCAGACUUCCCAACUCACUCCACGCUGGAACGGUUGCCGUGCAGCCAAAUAUCGGAAAAGAGCGCCGCAUUCUCAGCUUGAGCCAUGUGACCGGCAACCGUGGUGUAGACCGACAGGUCAGCGGCAAGUCCGGCAUCACGAGUUUGAAGCGCAGUCACUCUGUGAAAUCCAACACCCUUCGCAAGGCCUCAUGGGCUGGUCCCACUUCCGUCGCCGACAAGGAGAACGAGCCUUUCCACGAAGAGGAUGAACUUGCUAGCGAUACAGAGCGGGACGCUGGCCCUCGGCGACAAUCUAGUCAUGCUGGAACAGACCGGAGAUCCAGCUAUGCGGGAAGCGUCGCUCCUUCUGACCGCAAGACAAGCUAUGCGGAAAGCAAUGCUCCCUCUGAGCGCAAAACUAGCUUCGCAGGAUCAGAGGCCGGAACGGAACACAAAUACCCCGAGAGCAAUGCUGGUUCCGACCGUCGCACAAGCUACACAGCUAGCAAUGCUGGGACCGAGCGACGGGCCAGCUAUGCCGGAACCUGUGUCGGCAGCAUUUCCGAGAGCGUGGUUACCGAUGAUUUGGAUCCCCGUCGCGUGAGUGGUGUGAGCCCCAAGAGUGGCCCACAUGUGGCAGAGAGCUCCAUCGCUGAAGAUGACCACGAGGACCAGGAUGAGGAUAUUUCUAUCGAUGGGUCUGAGUCUGGGGACGAUGCUCAGACAAUCCACGAGGAUUCAGAGCAGCAUGGCGAGGACAAACACGAGCAUGACGAAGAUCAUGAGAUGUCUCGCCAGAUCCGAGAGGCCAACGAGGCCGCAGAAGCUGAAGUCAUGAAGCUGUUGUCGCCCACGGGCAGUGAACCCGCCACGGAGGUUACCGUUUAA